AUGUCCGAGUCUCCUGCUACCUCCGUUUUUCCGAUUCUCCAGUUGCCUGUGGAACUUAUAACCGAGAUCGCCGUCUGGGCACAGCACAUCUGGACAAAUGACAUGUUUACUCCCUUGUCUGGCGCUCCCAAAAGAAGACUGGUCGUUGGGCCAGCGCAAACCGUCGCUCGUGACGAAGAAUGCUGCGGCAACGUCAGUCGCGAAAUACUUCCUGCUUGCUUCACUGCCGAAUGCCCUCGUAACGUGCGUUCGCCAGCGCACUGUUUACGCCGAACAUGCCGAUACAUACGCGGAGCGCUACUUGGUGCUGAUGCUCGCGUGGGGCAGACAGACAACGCCUUUCUCAAGUUCGAAGCCGAUGACGCAGGCAUCGCGCGGCGCUUCACCAGCGAUGGUACUGCAUAUCAGACCCGCACGCUGAUAGCUUCGCCGUCUUGCGCAUGUCUACUUGAGAAGGUCCAAGGUUUCUAUGACAGUCUCGAGAACGUCAAGAUAUCGUUGCCUUGGGCGACGCAUGCGCAGCCGCAUAGCGAAGACCUCUUCGUCCGGCACCACAGCGCAGACAGCCCGCUGCGGCGCUUCGACCUGGAGUUUUACGAACCCUCCCGACUAACAACCGUUCCUGCGGCGUCAAUUCGCUUCGUCCGCAGCCUCUCCGCUAGAUCCUCGCGCACGGUUAACGCAUAUUUCUUCUAUUCAUCGCCCCACUUGACAACUCUCUGCAUCUGCCACUCCAUGUCGCAGACUCCGCAAUUCGGGACCAACUUCUGGAGGGGUUUAGGGCUUUGUUCCGAGAGUUUGGAGUAUCUCACACUCGAUAUCCCCAGCGGGACGUGUGUCGGCGGCGAAACAUUUUUUCAGCUUCGCCGCCUGCGGUACCUACGCCUCGUCGCCCCUGCGGCUGAUUCAAGCUGGCUAUUGCAAGCUUUGGCAUUGCCUCCUGAUGUUGACAUCCACCUGGAGCCGGUGUAUGACUGGAGGAGGGCUGCCGAGCGAGUAGCGAAGGUGUUGGUUGAGAGCGGCUAUGUCAGACCCAUGGAGGUGCCAUUCGAGGUCAUGGAGGAUGCUGCGGACGGCGACGCGUCGUGUCCACACGGAUAUUGGCGCUUCAUGUCUGCUCUCGCCGCCCCCGAUCAAACCUCGACCAUAUUCCACAAGCCGCCGCUCCUGCAAAUCCAAGAGGACAACCUGAACAACGCCAUACGGGUCCUGGGACUGGAUAUUCGUCUCGACCCUUCCACGAGCGCGGCCGAGCGCGCCUGCGCCCGUUUCCCCGAGAUAGUAGCCUUGUAUCUCACCAAAACCUUAGGGGAGUUCUCACAGGGAUGCGCCACCGCCGAACCGGAUUGGCGAAUUUCCAGACCACCCGGAACGAAGCUGAAAGCUAGACGCUCACUUGUCUUCCGCGAUUCCCUGCUGAGCGCGGCAGUUAGAGACAACGCUUAUCAGCCCCGGUUCGUGAAGCCUGUCUACGACGCUGCAGCGUACGUCAUGGGGCUUGCCACGCGGGGCAGGCCCGGCACUGUUUUCGCUGGCUUUGAAGCCGCGAGCACUUUGGCGCUACACCCGCAGUCGUGGAAGCCCAGAUACUCGCUGGGUUGGGCGCAGCUCUUGGAUCACUGCGAGCGGUUUGAAGCCGUCGCCAUUCUUUUCGAACGAUGGGCGGACGAGACUGAGCCGGCAGACGAGACGAAGGAAGGAGUACUGUCGGCAGCUCAUCUUGAGGCCUUAGCGACCUACCUGAACGACAUCAGCUCUGCAUCGGGUUAUCCCUGUCGGCGCCUGCGCUACAUUUACAUUCGUGGGGAGACGGACGCUCACCUCUCUGGCGGGGUUCACACUUUCAUUGAACGAUGGGAGCGGCGUUUCAAUGCCAAAGGGCGUAGCCGAUCACCGGGUAUUUGUCGUAUAUCUGUACGCAUGUAG